AUGGCGGACACGGCGCAGAACGGGCCCAUGCAGGGCGGCGCGGGCGGCGGGGCGGUGCAAUUUCUGAUGAGUAACAAGUUGGAGACAGCAAUGUGGCUUUCGCGUCUAUUCACAGUUUAUUGUUCGGCUUUAUUUGUCCUUCCUCUACUGGGGUUGCACGAGGCAGCCAGCUUUUACCAGCGGGCUUUGUUGGCGAACGCGCUCACCAGUGCCCUGCGUCUCCACCAGCGGCUGCCCCAUUUCCAGCUAAGCCGGGCCUUCUUAUCUCAAGCCCUGUUGGAGGACAGCUGCCACUACCUCUUGUACUCCCUCAUCUUCGUCAACUCCUACCCCGUCACCAUGAGCAUUUUCCCCGUGCUGCUGUUCUCGUUGCUCCACGCAGUGACCUACACGAAGAAAGUUCUUGAUGCACGAAGCUCAAAUAGUCUUCCUUUCCUAAGAAAUCUGUUGGACAAGCUAAAUGCCAAUCAACAAAACAUCUUAAAAUUUAUUGCCUGCAACGAAAUCUUCUUGAUGCCAGCUACCGUGUUUAUGCUUUUCAG